ACGCCGGGGCGGCCCAACCGGUCUUCCCUCUCUACCUCCCUCCUUUCCUCCCUCCCUUCCCCCCCCUCGUUUCCCGUCCCCUUUGCCGGCGCCCGGCCCGGCAGCGGUUUUCGGCGGGGGCCGCCCUGUUCCCGUGGCAACGCCCGUUCCCGGGCGGCGGCCAUGGGCGGCUGGGCCGCGGCGCCAUGGCUGCUUGGUGGCUGCAGCGGGCGCGGCGUCCUCCGCGGCGCUGCGCGGCGGUGGGGCAGCUCCCGCCCCGGCGCUGGGGACCGGGCGGCGACCCUGAGCGACCUCCUCCAGAGCUCGGUGGAGGCCGAGGAACCGGGCGCGGCGGCGGCGAGGCGGGAGCGGCGGUGCCCCCGGGAGGGUACGGUGCUGCUCUUCCCGGGGCAGGGCAGCCAGUUCGUGGGCAUGUGCCGCGGGCUGCAGCAGUACCCCGGCGUGCGGGACAUGUACCGCCUGGCCGAGAAGGUGCUGGGCUACGACCUGCUCUCCCUCUGCCUGGAGGGGCCGCGGGACGCGCUGGACCGCACCCAGCACUGCCAGCCCGCCGUGUUCGUCGCCUCCCUGGCCGCCGUGGAGAAGCUCAACCACCUGCAGCCUGAAGUCGUGGAGCGCUGCGUGGCGGCCGCCGGCUACAGCGUGGGGGAGUUCGCGGCGCUGGUCUUCGCUGGAGCCCUGGGCUUUGCCGAAGCGCUGUACGCGGUGAAAGUGCGCGCCGAAGCCAUGCAAAGGGCGUCGGAAGCUGUCCCCAGUGGAAUGCUCUCGGUUGUCGGCCGGCGAGAGGCAAAUUACAAAUUUGCCUGCCUGGAAGCCCGUAAACAUUGUGAAUCGCUGGGUAUAGAGAACCCCGUGUGCACAGUUUCAAACUAUUUGUUUCCAGACAGCAGAGUCAUUGCAGGACACUUACAGGCUUUGGAGUUUUUGCAGGAGAAUGCCCGAAAAUAUUAUUUUAAACGUAUAAAAAUGCUUCCAGUCAGUGGGGCUUUUCAUACCAGACUUAUGGAACCAGCAGUAGAGCCACUGGCUGAAGUUCUAAAAUCGAUUGAAAUUCAGAAACCGCUGCUCUGUGUGUAUUCCAAUGUCGAUGGCAAAAAGUACAUGCACUCAAAGCACAUUCGGAAGCUGUUAGUGAAGCAGGUGGUGUCACCUGUUCUGUGGGAGCAGACCAUGCACUCAGUGUACGAAAGAAAGCAAGGAACAGAAUUUCCUUACACGUAUGAAGUGGGUCCUGGGAAUCAACUAGGAGCCAUUCUCAAACAAUGUAAUUUAAAGGCCUGGAAACAAUAUAAACACGUAGAUGCUCUGGAAGAUGAGGAAGCAGCGGAGACCUAAAUAACCUUUUGAGAAAAAUUCACACAACUCAGUUUUUCUUUGAUUUAAAACUUUGUGCUCCCAAAAGAGGAAGUCUUAAACAUUCAUAGCUUCUUAUGAUGUAAAGAGCACUCACUAUGUGCAUAAUUGCAAUGAACAUUUUUCUUUGAGUUACUCAGGUGUGGAAAGGGGAGAGCAAAGUUUGGCUCUUCCAUCUGUGUCGGGACUGCAAAGCUGUCAACUAACAGGCCAAGUAGCACUGUUUGGUCUCAAUCCUGCAAGCAACUUUCCCUCUUGGGUGGUUUUUCUUUUUUUUCUUUUUUUUUUUUUUGGUUGUUGUUGUUGUUUUUGUGGGGAGUUUUUUUCUAUGUGGAUUCAGGUUCCAGUUGGUAUCCUUGCCUGUCUGGUGCAGGGAUCUGCAGGAAUGCAGGGGUUGUUGGCUUCAGGUUGUAGAGGGCUCUGCUCUGGGCUGGAGGGUGCAUUUAGAGGAGCCAUUUGUUGGGAAGGCUUUCAGUGUUCUGAUGUUCCUGUUUUCUUACUCAGCUGGCUAGUGGGGUGUUCAUUUAUGUAAAGUUCUCUUACUUUGUGUCCACGUUGCCAGGUAGCAGCUGAGUGAAGCAGAUGAUGUUACUAGAAACAUUAUUUUCUUAAGGUUAAACUAUAAAUAAACUGAAGCUUUUCUUGCUAUUUUAA